AUGGCAACAAAAAGCAGCUAUAAGUACACAGAUGUGAUCCUUGAGAUCAAGGGCAAGAUUGGCAUUAUCAAGCUUAACCGGCCCCGAUCUCUCAACGCCUUCGGCGGCAAUUUGUUGAUGGAUUUAGUCACAGCGAUCAGAGAGUUGAAUGAGCAUCCUGACACAGUCUUCACGGUUCUCACUGGUGAAGGAAGAUUUUUCUCUUCGGGGGCUGAUGUUAGGGCCCAAGCAACACGCCCAAAAGUUGAUUUUCCGAGUCCUGCGGUGAAGAAAGUCGAGUACAUGGCUGGCAUAUCCGUCGUGAUCGAAAUAUUACGGUCUUUGAUUGACCACAAAAAGGUCUAUGUGCUGGCUCUCAACGGUCCAGCCGUUGGAGGAGGUGCGGCCUGGUUCGAAGGCGUCGCCGAUAUUGUCUUGGCCGCUCAAGAUGCCUACCUCCAAGUCCCCUUUAGCGCACUCGGACUGGUGCCGGAGUUUGGUUCGGCAACGAGCUUGACGCAUUCAAUGGGCGUGCAUCGCGCAAACGACUUCCUCAUGUUCGGUCGCAAACUGACAGUCGAAGAGCUCGAAAAAUGGGGUAUGAUCAAUCGAAUUUUCCCCAAGGAAGGGUUCCAUGACAAGGUAGUGGCAUUCUUGGAGGAGCAAUUGGCGGAGAACGACGGAAAGAGCAUGAUGGAGGCGAAGAGGCUGCAGAAUCUACCGUUGAGAAGGGAGAGGAUGUUAGCAGUCUAUGAUGCAGCGGAGGCGUUGGCGGAGAGAAUAGUAGAGGAUGCACCGACGCAGAGGUUCAAGGAGAAGAAUGCGCUUUUGAAUGGUAAGUAUUUUCAACCCUCUGUCGUCAUGGUGGACAAGAGCUGA